GCAGCUGCGCUGCCGGAGCCGGCCGGGGUCAAGGCCUGCCCGGGAGGAGGGGAGGGACCAGGCCAGGCAGGGGCCGGACGGAGCGCGCAGCCCCGGAAGCCGCCCGCCGGGAAAGCCUCCCGGCGCCGCGAGGGCCUCUGAGCGUGUGCAGAGGGCGCCUUCACCUUCUCCUCCAUGGACUCCGCUGGUCACGAUUAGCCCCGGGGAAGGGGCCGCGGAAGGGGGCGCGAUGGCACCGCCCGAGCCCCGGCCUGCCUUUGGAGUCGCGCAGCUGGAGCAAAGUUAACCAAGUCGAAGUACACUUAUGGGUGGCGAGAGACUUGGGACAUUUCCUCAGGUGUAUCCCUCGAUGUCCAUUUUCAAAGCAUGGAUGAAAUAAUGUCUUGUCUGCAAGAACGCAGGGUGAAGAGAGAGAGAAAGAAAGAAAGAAAGAAAGAAAGAAAGAAAGAAAGAAAGAAAGAAAGAAAGAAAGAACUUUCUGCACAUCUGCUUCCAUCAGGCACGGAAUGAUAUAAAAGACAGCUUCGUUUUGAGUGGGAGUGCAGUGAUGAACUCGCAGUUCGACAUGGACCGGAAUGCCAUGCAAGAUGAACCCAAGCCUCUAGAUCACUAUAUACGGGAGGGGCUGAAGCAGCUGCAGCAAGACCAACUUCUCUGUGAUACAACCAUCGUGGCCGGAGGUGAACGCUUUCCUUGUCACAGGAUGCUCCUUGCCGCCAUCAAUCCAUACUUCCGAGCCAUGUUCUCCAACUCCUUCCGAGAGUCCCAGGAUGGAGAGGUUUUGCUCCAGGACAUGGACCCCUCCAUUGUCCAAACGGUGCUGAACUAUUACUACACGGAGGAGAUUGUGCUCGUGCCGGAGAUGGCUCAAGAUCUCUUUGUAGCAGCCAGCAGACUCCAGAUCCUCCCGCUGCUAGAAAGCUGCUCCAGGUUCCUCUUGGAACACUUGUGCCCAGAGAACUGCCUCAGACUCUACGAACUAGGCUACGCACACAGUGACCUCUCUCUGUUUCAGGAAGCAAAGACCUUGGUCAACCUGCAUUUCAAGCGCCUCAGCCAGGAGGAUAAAACCUUCCUCAACUUGACACCCAGCACGCUGGUGAGCAUCAUCUCCUUGGACAGCCUGGCCGUCUCUUCAGAGCUGGUCGUUUACCGGGCCGUUUGGAACUGGGUGAUGGCCCAAAGCACCAGCCGCUUCCCGCUCCUAGGGCAGCUGCUGGCCUACAUCCGCCUCCCGCUUCUGACCCAGGAGGAGCUGCGGGAUGUCCAGGCUGAGCUGAUGUGCUACCGGGACCUACGGCCGCGGUGGAAACGCCUUAACCGGCAAGAGCGGAUACAGCAGUGCCAAGGCCUGAGGCAGGGCAUGUAUAGCACCUGCAUUGUCUGUGUGGACCUCUUCACCAUGGAGGGCCCGGAGCUUAAAACCAAAGAUUUCCAAGUCGGCUGUUACGACCCGCAAACCGAAACGUGGGGAAAGCUGCCCCUCCUGAAGUGCCUGUACUGUGCACGUUGCGUGGCCGUGGGGGACAAACUGUACGUCACGGGCGGGGUCCACACCGAUGACUCUUAUUCGGAUUCGCUGCAUGAAUUCAGCACUCUGAGGGGACGCUGGACCCAGCUCCCUUCCAUGUCGGUGGCCCGGGCCUCCCACGGCUUCCUCGCCUGCAACCAGAAGCUCUUUGCCAUGGGAGGCUGGAGCAAAUAUGAGGACUACCUCAACACAGCCGAGAGCUUCGACUUGAUGGUCAAGUCCUGGAGCCGUCUGCCCAAGAUGCCCUUCGCCCUCAGCCAUUUUGCAUCCGCCGUCCUCAAAAACAAGAUCUAUCUGAUAGGAGGCGUCACAGAUUCCGUUGGCUCCUGGUACGCUUCCCGGAAGGUCCUGAUCUACGAUGUGCUCACGAACCUGUGGAACCAAAUGUUCCUCGACAAUGAAUGCUACUGGUCCGGUGCCGUGGCCAUGAAUAACGGGAUCUACGUGAUUGGAGGCUACUUCCGGAGCAGGGUGAGGCAUCACAACGAGAGGUGGCCGGACGCGGGGAGCCUGCGCUGCACCCGGAAGUGCUUCUUCCUGAAGGAGAACGGGAGAAUCGACAGGAACGUCGUGAUCCCCAAGCUGCCGAUUGAGCUGGCCGGAGCGGGCGUGGUGCGCUGGAAACACCGGAUCUAUGUGCUGGGGGGCGAAAAUACCUAUUUGUAUAAUAACCUGGAAGGAGAAAAUGACGAGGAAUAUUACAACACGGUUUACUACUGGGAGCCGGGAGCUCCCAAGUGGACUCGGUGCCCGGAGAGGUUACCUUUUACCAGCUGGGGUCUCAGUGGCUUUGGGUGCACCACCAUGAAGAUACCCAAAAAGCCCAUCUUAGAGCUCUUCCGUAAAACCUCCGUUGCCCUGACUGCUAUCGAGGUGGUGAGCCCCUAGUGGUCCAGGGUGGCUCCGUGGCUCUCGAGGGCCCAACUUGUGAAAUGGGAUCCAGAAGGACCAUCUGUCUAUGAAACGAGUGGCAGUUGCUUUACAGAGGUUUAGGAAAAAGGAAUAGUGAUUGCCUAGUUGUGUGUGUGCGCUUGCCAUUUAUUUCAAGAAACGUGAGGGGACCGCUGGAAUGGGAGGAAGCACGAAUUG